AGAGGACUGCAGAGGAAGACGGAGCUCUGGCAGGCAGAAGCAGAUUACAGCACCGAGCAGACCCAGGUGGUGGUGACCGACGGAAGAACCAGAAGAAACCAUGAAGAACGAAGGUAUCGAGGGGUCGGAGAGGUUCCUGAGCCCGGACAAAGGCAGAGGCCUGCGGGCGGUGAGGCACUUCGCGGUGGGGGAGCUGGUGUUCGCCUGCCCUGCUUACUCCUACGUGUUGACAGUGAAUGAGAGAGGAGCCCACUGUGAGCAUUGCUUCACCAGGCGAGAAGACCUUUCUAAAUGUGGGAAAUGUAAACUGGCACACUACUGCAACGUGGACUGUCAGAGAAGUGAUUGGCCCAUGCAUAAGCUGGAGUGUGUAGCUAUGGUUGCCUAUGGAGAUAACUGGUGUCCAUCAGAGACUGUCAGACUGGUGGCCAGGAUUAUUAUGAAACAGAGAGUCACAACAGAACGCGACCCUUCAGAGAGGCUGCUCCUGCUCAAAGAGUUUGAAUCACAUUUAGAUAAGAUGGACAGUGAGAAGGACGAGAUGAACCAGGCCGACAUAGCAGCGCUGCAUCACUUCUACUCCAGACACAUUAGCAAGAUCCCUGACGACCAGGCUCUCACUGAGCUCUUUGCACAGGUUAACUGUAAUGGUUUUACCAUAGAGGAUGAGGAGCUCUCACAUCUCGGAUCAGCUGUUUUUCCUGAUGUAGCACUGAUGAACCACAGCUGUAGUCCUAACGUUAUAGUGACUUAUAAAGGCACAGUGGCUGAGGUCAGAGCUGUUCAAGAGAUAAACCCCGGAGACGAGGUGUUUAACAGUUACAUAGAUCUGCUCUAUCCGACAGAGGACAGGAGAGAAAGGUUGUUAGAUUCCUACUUCUUCUCAUGCCAGUGUACCGAGUGCACCACCAAGUCUAAGGACAAUGAAAAAAUGGAAAUCAGGAAGCUGAGUUCUCCACCAGAGCCGGAGGAAAUCCGAUCCAUGGUCCGUUAUGCCAAAAAUGUCAUAGAGGAGUUCAGGAGAGCCAAACACUACAAAACCCCCAGUGAGCUGCUGGAGAUGUGUGAGCUCAGCCAGGAGAAGAUGGGCUCUAUUUUUGCAGACACCAAUGUCUACAUGCUGCACAUGAUGUAUCAGUCCAUGGGUGUCUGCCUCUACAUGCAGGACUGGGACGGAGCUAUGAGCUACGGAGAGAAGAUUGUUCACCCAUACAGUGUUCACUACCCAGCUUACUCUCUGAAUGUGGCGUCUAUGUAUCUGAAACUGGGACGUCUGUAUUUGGGUCUGGAGAAGAAGACGCACGGAGUGAAAGCUCUGAAGAAGGCGCUUGCUAUCAUGGAGGUGGCUCAUGGUAAAGAUCACCAUUAUGUAGCUGAAGUCAAACGAGAGAUCGAGGAGCAGAAGUAACGGAGGAGCAGCAGGAGGAGCAUAAAAAAACAAACUAAAAAGGGAGGCACUGGAUCUAUGAACCCCUCUCAAAGCAACAACAAAAACACGUCACAACUGCAUGCCAUGCAUCCUAUACCUCUCUGUUUCUUGUCGCCCAUUCUGUUGUUGUUUUUUUAGCCUCUUCAGGCAGUGUCUUUUGUUUUAUGUCCAACAUCAACAUAUUCUGGCUGAGGAAAACCUUGUUUCUAUCUGCAGCCGAUGACAUCCUGUCAAACCUGAAGAUAAUGUUUGGAAUAAAGGUCAAUCAACACUCAUACUGUAAAUCAAAAAAGGGUCACAUCAGUGUGAAACGGAAAAGUUUAAUUCUGCCUUUAAAACUGCCCUUCAGAUGAAACAAAGUUUUCAUGUGACAGCAGCUUACACGACCUCUGUGUUCACACUUUGCCAAGCGUUCCUUCCCCUCUGUCAGUGUUCUGUAUACCCAUCGAGACAUCGUGUUGUACCACUGUUUGUCUUUGGCAGCUGUGUUAACUGCACCUGUGCUCCACAGCAGCAGCUUGUUGUUUUUACUUCUAUAAAAACUGGUGAGUGGUUGUUAGAGAGGGCAUUACUACUCAUCCACUGCUAAUGCAUUGGAACUCUACCAAAAAAUUAGCAACAGAGCUUCUAGCUUCCUUGAUUAUUGGUUAAACUGUGAAAAAGGAUUGACUGACCAUGCAUCAGGUACUCUGUAGCAAGAACAUGCAAACAACUAUUCCUCAAUGAAUAAGCAGUGCUUAGCUUGUCUUACACUAUGUUUUGCUUGUUGUCAAAGAAUAAGAAGAAUUGUUACAAUGUGUUAUUGUUUAUGUUGUGUUUGUUUUUCAUGAGGCUUGUUGACCAAAAGGGCCACGGGUUGAACAAGGAACCAGCUACUAAACUCUCUUGACAGUGUAUCCUUCACCAGAGGAGCCCUUCUGAGACCAGUUUGUAUUUCAAGUCACGGUAAAGACGUUGGUGCUACAACCUGAUGGAAUUUUCAGGAUCAGAGCCCCUUUUGCUCUCAGGAAAAAAAAAAAGGGCAAUUCUGUAGCUUUCAUUGCUUUUGGUCAAGAGCUACUUCAUAAACCUUUGCAGUGCGUUCUCUGCAGACUCCUGAGUCCAGGUUGUUUUUGCUCAGCAAAGACUCCACUUUGGCAGCAGUGGGAAGAUUAUUUACUUGUUAAUUAUCCUCAUCAUACAUUUCAAAUUUCUCAAGAAGAGUGAAUGAAAUAUUUCUUCAGAAGAAAGAACUGCAUCUCAUAUUUUAAGUGCAAAGAUCUUGUUGGACUCUUCCAAACUAAAUUGUGUGAGAUGAUAUCAAGUUUUACCAACAUGGCAUUUUAUGCAUGCAUUGACUUGAGCAAGAAUGAAAGUACCGACCUGCGGCUCCUUUCCCGCAUGUCAUUCCCCCUCUCUCUCCCCGAUUUCUGACUCUAUUCUCUGUCCUAUCUCUACAUAAAGGCAUAAAAUCCACAAAAUAAACCUUAAAAAAAGGGACAGGCAGUAUCAGUGAUACAGUAGGUUGUUUGAUUAAUAAGGUGGGUUGGGUAAAAAUACGAGCAUGUUUUAUGAUUAACUCGAUCCUUAAAUCAUGAGCAGGAUACUCAGUUACAGCUCCAGCAAUCAGUUGUGUCUCCCUCCUGCAGAUUUAAUCAUGUAGAAGAAAUGGUACACUAAUAUCUGUUGUUACAGUUUCACAUCUGUAGACUGAGUCACAGUGUGUGAAAGAUGAGUAACACAGUAAAGUGAAGGGAAGUUCAUCACUAGGGAGUUUAUACUGCACUCAAAUUUUGUACAGUUUUUAUGAUAAAAAUGAUGUCAAAAUGUCUGACCUGUAAGCACAUUUGAUUUCAUUUAGAUCUAUCUGUCACUGGACAGUUGGCCUGCCUUCAGAUAUCAUGCAAUGCACCGUCGGAAGAACAAACGGCACGGGUCUAAUUCCUUUACUUUGAUGCCUGUAGCUUUUUCUCUUUUAUUAUGGAUGCAACAAUAUGAACCAAGUUAUUCUGAGUUACUGAGGGUUAGAAAAAGCCCAUUGUUAAUAAUGACCAGUGGUCAUCUUUGUAGCGACUCCUGCUUUAUGACUCUUUAUUUCCCCUGCACAUAUGCAUCAAGAGGGCGGCUGCAGUAUGUGUGAGCAACAACUCUGGUCGAAAUGUUUAUUCUUGGACAUGUUUAUUUGAAACAGCUUGAAAACAGAGGAUUGAAUAAGCAAAGAGGGAAAAAACAAGCAACACAAAAGGACAUCCAAACCUCUGUGAACCAGCUCAAGCUCUUCACUUAAUUGUAUGGCUUGACUGUAGAGCAUGUAUAUGGUAUGUUUUCUUUUUUGAUGUCAUUGAAAAUAUAAUAUGUGGCACAAGGGAUAAACUGAAAAGAUCUUUCUCAUUUUGCACGUUUAAUACAAGACUAAAGGCAAACCAUUUGAUGUUUUUUGCCCUUUUUGUAAUUUACUGUUACUUUAUCAGGCAUGAACGUUAUUCUUUUGGAAUGUGGAAUGGAAACCUGAGCCCCUGAACUCAAUAAAUUUCAACAUGACACUUG